GAAGGGCGCAUGUGCAUCAAAAACCUAUCACCCCCUUAAAUGAACAUACUACACCCUUGCGCAUUAAAACCUCCAAAUUAGUUAGUUUCACGUCACCAACUUUAGGAUUCUAAAUAAUGUUUAGUAUCAAAGGUCAUGGCAUUUCAGCACUAUUUUGAAAUCCAAGAUUUGAAUCAAUUUAAUCAAGAUACACAUAACAAGUUCAUGAAGUUUCAAAAUCAGAAGUACCCAGGACAUAGUGAAAAAGACGGACGAGACGGUUGGCGCAUGGCAUCUAGGUGGAACAUCUCAGAACAUUAAAUCAACAUGCAGUUUAGAAUCUCGAAUGAAGCACAACACAGCAAAAAAACACAAACAAGCUUUCAAAAACCGUCAUCCCAGCGUGAAAAGCACUCCCAAGAGAGAAAGAGAGAGCUGCGCGCAAAGCUUUUUUUUCUAUUUCAAGUACUGUCGGAAUCAAUAAUGGAAAUUAUCUCAGAAGGAAGAAAUUUUCAGCUAGUCAAAGACGAGUCAUUGCAUGAAGUACUAGAAGUUCUUCAAAAGUUUUUUCCAUACUCAAUAAAGUUUCAUCAAACAAUACGAACGUACUUAAAAGAUAAAGUAUGGCAAUUUUAUUUUUACAUCUCUAAGGCGUGGCCAGAGGACCCAAUUUGUUUACAUUUUCCUGGAUGCACAUUCACACCUUUCAGCAAAACUUAUGAGAGUGUUGGUAUUUUUUGUCCUCCUGACCAGCUCGACAAAAUGUCUUUAAUAGAAAAUGAAGAUAUUCUGUUUUCAUGGACGGAACCUAUUUAUAUGAACUUUACGCAUGUCGGUAUAAUGAACAAAAUGGAUCAAAUAUUCCACUCAAAAGUAAAUGGAGGACUUAUUGGAAACAUUUAUGGCGAUAUCUAUGUUCAUGAAUUUCCAGGAGAAUUAGAAUUAGAAUUAGAGACUUUACCACCAAGUGAAGCUUCAAUGAAACCUUUGCAGAUUGAUAAUGUCAAAGACAUUUAUGAUUUAUACCCUGCAAACGAUAUCGAAAGUAUCGAGCUGUUUGAAAAACUAUUCAAUCAGCUUCCCGGAUUUGGGAUAUUCAGUAGGAACAAUAGUGAGUUAGCUGCCUGGAGCUUACAAUCAUAUUAUGGUGGAAUGUUUUCAAUGCAAACUAAACCAGAAUUUCGAAGAAAAGGGUAUGGCAUUCAGUUGGCUCAAUCCUUGACAAAACUAGUCAUUCAUAGAGGAUAUCUCCCAUUUGUUGUGAUUAGACCAGAAAAUAAUGCUUCACGAAGCCUUUACACUAAAUUAGGGUUUCGAAAAGCAUUCGAGACUGUAAGGGGAGUUUUUAAACCAAAUACUAGCAGCGUUGAAGAUGAUAAGGAGAAUGAAGAGAAAUUCAAUCAAUGUGACCGAGACAGAAACAAAAACUGAAUUUGUUUUAUACAAAAAGUCGUCUACAGCACACGUAAUUUCAAUAGCUAGUGUUUUUAAAUGCAAUCAAUAAACAAUUCGCUUUGUAAAUGA